AUGGCUUGGGCAGACCAGAUGUAUCGGCGCCUCACCCCAAGGCAGCGACGCACAUAUAGGAAAAUGAUGGGUGUCCUUUACGCCGUGGAUUACCUAUUAUUCGUGGGAUUCGACGGUUUCAUCAUUAGCUUGCUUUUGACCAGUCUAACGUCACUUGGAGCUCUCCAAAAGAGAGUUGGUGCAGAUGAGUGGGGUAUUGGUCAAGUGAUCGCGGUACUAAUAUGGGCGCCGGUGUUAUCAAAGUACUUGUACUUGAUCAUAUUUGGCAUGGAGAAGGGAUUCCUCUAUCGACUCUCACGCGCUUUCAUGGUGGUGAAGCGGCCUAGCGAAACCAAGAAGCAUGAAGACAUUGCCCCAGGUGAUACACCUGAUUCUGACAAUGUCCCUCUGGUGCUUGCCCAUCGGCACACGGCAGCAUGGUAA